AUUAGUGGUUGCAGUACUAGCAGCGAACCGUCCAUCCCGUGGGAGUAUUUGCUUGGGCCUGCCUGCCGAUUGGAACGCGCGCUCCCAAUCGACAUGAAUUGAGUCGAAUUGAGAUUAACCGAACAAGGCUCACUCUGGUCACCAUCCGCCGCUGGCCGCUGCCCUCGCCGGCCGCGUUCGACAGCAACGUAGACCUAGCUAGUGUUUCUCCACAGUAUCUCUCGGAGAUUCUUGUGUAGUUUUCCAGCGCAGCCGAAACUGAACUGAUGGUGUAGUAGGACCCCGAACCCGAACGAAUCCAAUUAUUGAUGGGACGACGGCUAACAGGCUAGUGACGUCCUUAAAUCCUCGCGUCUGCUUUCUCUUUCUCAGCCUUUACCCCAGGACGACGAGCCGCUCGCUGACUGGUUACUUAUUACUAGUAGCCUCUCUGGUCCUGGUGCAUCCUCGCGGAACUCAUCACAAGGCUCCACCUCCACCCUCCUGCGCGCAUGGUGACUGCAGCAGCAGCAGCAGCCUCCUCUCCCCGCAGCAUGCUCCGCUUCGCAUUGACCGCCUCGUCGUCCGGCCGCCACCGAACGUGAGUACGUGGCUCUCGUCCACCGUCACCGCCAGCGGCCGGAUCGCCGCGACGUCUAGAGCCCCCCCGCCUCUGCAGCCAGCCGGCGCUCGCGAUGCCUCCUCUGGCGCCGCCGCACGGUGAGAAGGGCGGCAGGCAGCGGCAGGGGGCGGCGGCGGCCCCGGCCCCGGCCCAGCGGUCGGCGUCGUUCCACGGGCGCGGGACGGAGCAGCGGCACCACCAGCCGCAGAAGCAGAGGCCCAAGACGCUGCCCGACCUGCUCGCCGGCGUCCGGGGGGCGAGCUUCCGCUCCGGGUCCCCGCCCCCGGACGGCGACGCGGGGCGGAGGACGCCGAGCAAGGUCCUGGUCAGCGUGGCGGUGCAGCAGAGCAUGUGGCCGCUGCACGUCAUGGCGCCCGCCGAGUGGACCGUGGCGGACCUGGUGGCGGCCGCCGUCGCCCUCUACGUCAAGGAAGGCCGCCGCCCGCUGCUGCCGUCGACCGACCCGGCCGCCUUCGGCCUCCACUACUCCCAGUUCAGCUUGGACAGUCUGAACCCAAAGGAGAAAAUCAUGGAACUAGGCACCAGGAGCUUCUUCCUGUGCCCAAGAUCUUGGGCUGCCGGUCAGGACGCUUCGUCGUCCUCCGGCACAGCGAACGGGGUCACCAGUGCGGCAUCAGGGAAAACACCGGCCUGGCUUAGCUACAUGCCGUUCUGGCCGACCAUGUGAUCGGCUAGCACACGCACACCCCAAACUCUUCCAGGUCCUAAAGAAUCUCCAAGUAUUGCAUUUGUGAGACAGAUGGCUACAAGGACAUUGUAAAUGUAUAUUUUGGAGUUUGUAAGCAUCUUGAAUGGUGCACGUGCGAUCCUGCAAAUCAUCUGUGGCCCAUGUUACAACCCACAGAUUCAGGGAAAAAAUAUCGAAUGAUUAUGUAAUUAAAAAAAGUUUAAAACAGUUUUAAUGGCGAAAAAUUGCUGUGGUCAUCUUGUUCAAAUUAA